AUAUCCCCUCCUGUCUAUAAAACUGAUUCAAAGGUCGGCCAGGAAAUCAGGGAAUGAGAGAUCCGAGAUAGAUUUCCCUCUCUCGUCCUAUGAACUUUUUACAGUCAUUACCGUUUAUUUUUCUCUGAAAACCAUAACGAGAGGAACCCUUUCAAGGUGAGAAAGGGAGAAUUGUCACCGUCUUCGAGCUCCAUUUAGGUCGACAAUGGCGCUAGCAGUUGCAGUUAGCUUGACCACCCCGACGACGUCCCUGCAACCCGUCUCGAGAAAGCUCUCUCACAACUUCCCUGUUGUCUACGCCGUUCAUGCGGCAGAUCCUGCGAAGAAACCCGCAUCAUCUGAUGUUGUCGGAAUUAAGGUUGGGUCGUCGAAUUGGAGUCCUGAUAGCUGGAAAUCUAGGAAAGCUCUUCAAAUUCCGGUUUACCCAAACCAAGAAGAACUUAACAAGGUUUUGGAGGAACUUGAGAGUUUCCCUCCACUUGUGUUCGCCGGGGAAGCGAGGAAGUUGGAGGAGCGACUCGCAAAUGCUGCCGUUGGGAAGGCUUUUCUGCUUCAGGGUGGAGAUUGCGCCGAGAGUUUCAAGGAAUUCAGCGCCAAUAACAUUAGAGAUACAUUGAGGGUUUUGUUGCAGAUGGGGGUGGUCCUCACCUUUGGUGCUCAGAUGCCCAUCAUCAAGGUGGGACGGAUGGCAGGCCAAUUUGCAAAACCUCGGUCUGAACCAUUUGAGAUCAAAGAUGGGGUUAAGCUCCCCAGUUAUCAGGGAGACAAUAUCAAUAGUGAUGCUUUCGAUGAAAAAUCCAGAGCACCAGAUCCCCAAAGGCUGAUAAAAGCAUAUUCUCAGUCUGGAUGCACAUUGAAUCUUCUCAGAGCAUUUACUACUGGUGGAUAUGCAGCUAUGCAAAGAGUCUCGCAGUGGAACCUUGAUUUCACAGAACACAGUGAGCAAGGAGACAGGUACAUGGAACUUGCACAGAGGGUAGAUGAAGCUCUUGGAUUCAUGGCUGCUGCUGGACUUACUCUAGAUCAUCUCAUAAUGACCACCACUGAAUUCUGGACAUCUCAUGAAUGCCUUCAUCUGCCAUAUGAGCAAGCAUUGACAAGGGAGGAUUCAACAACCGGUCUAUACUAUGAUUGCUCUGCUCACAUGCUUUGGGUGGGUGAGAGAACUCGGCAGUUGGAUGGAGCUCAUGUUGAAUUCCUUAGGGGUGUAGCUAACCCUCUAGGUAUAAAGGUGAGUGACAAGAUGGAUCCAAAGGAGCUUGUAAAAUUGUGCGAGAUUCUCAACCCUCACAACAGGGCUGGGAGGCUGACAAUAAUCACCCGAAUGGGGGCAGAAAACAUGCGGGUGAAACUUCCCCAUCUGAUAAGAGCGGUGCGCCAGGCUGGGCUUAUUGUAACAUGGGUGAGUGAUCCUAUGCAUGGGAAUACCAUCAAGGCUCCAUGUGGCCUCAAGACACGUUCAUUUGAUUCGAUAAGGUCGGAGUUGAGGGCAUUCUUUGAUGUUCAUGAACAAGAAGGGAGCCACCCAGGAGGCGUUCAUUUGGAGAUGACUGGUCAGAACGUCACAGAAUGCAUUGGAGGAUCAAGGACAGUGACUUUUGAUGACUUGAGCUCCCGAUACCAUACACAUUGUGACCCCAGGCUCAAUGCUUCACAGUCCCUAGAGUUGGCAUUCGCCAUUGCUGAGAGGCUGAGAAAGAGAAGAAUAAGAUCCGGCAAGUCCUUCCUCAAAAGCCAGCAGGAAAAUGGUUCUGUUGUCUAGGGAUUUUAGGUUGGCUGGUCAUUUAGUUCAGGCAUAUUAAUUUUCAUAUUCCUAUCAUCUGCUGAUGGAAAGAAAGAUGCUAUAGAGCUGCUUUUGCACUGGUUGUGAGGCUAUGCUCUUUUUAUUGGAUAUGCUUGUACCGACAAAACCUACUUGUACGGUUGAAGUUGUUAAUAUGAUUCUGGCCUUGGGGUGUUACUACUA